AUGUUCUACGAGCCCGGCAAAACCGACCACGGCCUUCCUCAUGACCCGUUUAAGGCCUGCGUUGUUCCCCGCCCCAUCGGCUGGAUCUCUACCAUCUCCCCCACCGGCAAACCCAACCUAGCCCCCUACUCCCAGUUCAAUAACCUAACCUUCGAUCCGCCCUACGUCCUCUUCUCCGCCAACCAGACCGUCUCCACCACACGUAAAGACACCGUCAUCAACGCCGAAGCAACUGGCAAGUUCUGCUGGCAGCUCGCGACCUGGGACCUGCGCGAAGCCGUCAACGUGAGCGCAGAACAAGUCCCCUACGGCAUUGACGAGUUCGACCGCGCGGGACUGGAGAAGGAGUACGCGCGAACGAAGGCGGUGUUAGGCGUGCCGAUGGUUAAGGCGAGCCCGGUGAAGUUCGAGUGCGUGUACCACUCGACGUUGCGGUUGCCGGGGAACCCGCCGAUGGGGACGGUAGACAUCAUUAUUGGGCGCGUGGUGGCUGUGCAUAUUGCGAACGAGGUGCUGACGGAUGGGAUACUGGAUGUGAGAAAGACGCAGCCGAUUGCGAGGUGUGGAUACUAUCAGUAUGCGGUUGUGAGGGAGACGUUUGAAAUGGUUAUUCCGGGGCUAGACGAGGCGGUGUUGUAUGGACUGGAGGGAAGUGCGAAGAAAAACAGGGAGGUCGCGGAGAUGAGCGAGAUGGAGGUUUUGCGGAGGCCCCUCAAUAAGGCCACGGCCGAUCAAGAGAAUAAUAAGGAUAUGCUGGAGGAUAGCAGAGCGGAGGCGGCCUACGUGCAGACGCAAGUAUAG